ACGUUUGCUAGGUUUUCUCAAACUUUCCAUUUCGAAGUUGGGACGUGCCCCUUAACUCGAGGUACUGUAACCUAACUAGCCAUGGGAAAGAAGACUCGUGAAAAUGAUGAUGGUGCCUCAGGCUCAUCUUCAGAAGAGGAAGAAUUUAUUGUGGAGAAGGUGCUGGAUAGAAGAACGGUGAAGGGCCGAGUUGAAUUCUUCCUGAAGUGGAAAGGCUAUUCAGAGUAAGUAUCUUCCUCAUGUGAUUGUGAUGCAAUCUUACUUUGAUAUGUUUACAGUAUGAAUAUGCAUCCUGUAGUAGCAGGUAUCUAAUUUCUACCUGUAACAUCCAUAUUUUUAUUGUAUUUUUCAUGCCUUCCAGUAUGUUUCAAAACCAGUGUUUAAAAUGUUGUUACCUGCGUGUUUUGUUGACUAAACUCCAUGGUGAAGGAAAAUUCUGAUUAACUCCACCAACAGAAUUGAGCAGAGACCAGGCUUUGUGGAAUUCAGGCCAGACUACAUCGAUUCGCCCAAGGUCAAUACUUAAACAAAUUAAAAUUAUGAAAUGCUUACCUUUUACCUAUGUUUGUCCUCUGUAGUUGUGUGUCUUUCUUUUGGUUGCUGAAAUCCAUACUUUUUAAUAAAAUGGUAAUCAAAUACAACCACUGACUGUUUCCUUGAGAUUCAAUGGGCACAUGAACAUUUUCGCAGAGUUGCCAUCUUAGAGCAACAGCAAUGAGAAAACAGUCGGUGCUUGUAUUUGAGGAACGUUCAUUGAAAAAGUGUGGAUUUCAGCAAACAAAGGCACGCAACUACAGAAGACUAACAUCGGUACAAUUUAAAGCCCUUCAUAAUGUAUAUUUUUUGAAGUAUUGACCUUGGGCGAAUCAAUGUAUUCUGAGCUGAAUUACACAGCCUGGUCUCUGCUCAACUUGCUGGUGGAGUUCAUCAGAAACUUCCUUCACAGUUGAGUUUAGUCAGCUACUGUGUGUUCUCUGACUCCUACACAUGGAGGGUAAACAUUCUUCGGAAACUCGUUGCAGGGUUUUUUUUCCCUUCCAUAAUGGGGCUUAUGUAGUGGGCUUCAUAGCCAAUAGCGUAGCUGCCGACCAAAUAUUUGAGGCCCUCUUCAUGGCUGCAGAGACAAUGUAUCUGUUUUAGUUUACUGCAAUUCUACACAUUUUGCCAUGGCUUAUGCAGUGCUCUUACGCUGAGUGACGACAAUAUGACAAAAUCAAUACUGCUGAAUGCAUCCUUUUGGAUUCUCCCUGAUUGUUAGUUCUCAGACGAUCUUGUUUAAAAAUAAAUAGGUGAAUUUUCAACAUACUUUAUCUGGUUUUAGUCGUUUAAGUUUACACUGAAAUGUUUUACUGUUUGGACACUAGUAUGUAUACCUCCUGUCAAAUGUUAUGCUUGCUUUUACAAUGCACGGUUCUUUGCAGAAAGCACAACACAUGGGAGCCAGAGAAGAAUCUUGGCUGCCCCGAGCUCAUCGCUGGGUUCAUGAAGACCUACAAGAAGCCUAGCAGUAGUAGUGGUGCAACCCCCAGCAGUGGAGGAUCCAAGUCCAGCGCGGGAUCAUCAGGCCGCAGCAAGGAAGGCAGCAGCAAGAGGAGGAACUCUGAUGAUGAGGAGGAGGGGAGCAGCAACAAGCCCAAACGGAAAAAAGAGGUGCGUACCCUACCUCGUUAAUUGGUGUAGUUAAAGCCUUUCAUUUGCAUAUUUCUAACCAACUGAAGAGGGCUAAUUUUAAAGUGAAAUGGUAAGCAACGCCCUCUUGAUCAACUUUCACUAGAAUGAUAAAGGCGUUGUGAAAUAAAACUGUUCUCUCAGUUUCUGUGCUUCUGCCCCGCCCCCGGUAGCGGUGCCAAGGUUUCACAUGUAACGUACAACACAGAGGUAUAAUUAGUGUUUUCUCCUGUCUUCCAGGAUGACGUCCUGAUUGCGAGAGGCUUUGAGAGGGGUCUGGUACCAGAGAAGAUUAUAGGAGCCACAGACUCCUGUGGAGACCUCAUGUUCCUCAUGAAGUGGUGAGUGUUGAGUGCUUAGACAGUGUUGACCUUAUGUUCUCUGUUAGAUUAUGACAUCAGAAUUUGUUUUCAAGCUGGUGACAGGAAACCACUUAACUGUAGUGGUUGCUCACAACAAAAGAAGAAAAAGUUGAUUUUGUAAACUAGUCUUAUCUUCAAGACAGUAGGUCUAAGAACUUUCUGGUUGUCCUGAUUGGGUCUUGUGACAAAUUUAAGUUGUCGACUAAGCAGUAUACUACCGAAUCUUGGCUUUAAAUCACCAUGGCAACAGGCCUGUAAAUAAGCAUGUUUAUUUACUAUUUAUUUCCUUACUCUACAGGAAGGACUCUGACGAGGCAGAUCUGGUGCUAGCCAAGGAGGCCAAUCACAAGUGCCCGCAGAUCGUCAUAGCCUUCUAUGAGGAGCGCCUCACCUGGCACGAAGAUGGGGACAAGAAAGAGAAGGGCACUGUAAGCAUGUGAGCGGGAUGUCUCGCCACGGGAACGGUCUCUGACCACCGACUGCAGGGACAACCUGGAGACUCGUAUAGCCAGCACCAAAUCGCACCCUAUUCCUCCCCCUUGGCCUUAACCCUUUUUACGUUAACUUGUUUGAAUGGUCUGCAUAGGUAUAAGCAGUAUAGUGGUAAAUCUUCCACCAUAUUGCUUUUACCUUAAAGAUCUGCAAACAUUGAAGGGUUAGGGCCAAAUAGAGGGUUGGGAAGGGAUUUGGUACCGACUGACACUCACCCCCCUACCCCAUUGGUAAUGACCAUAACAAAAACCACACAAACUGACGAUGGAGAACACUGCCCACUUUUUCAUGAUACCUCCCUCAAUGCCCCAAUGUACAGGCUAAUAUCCCUGAAUAACCAACAGUCCAACUUAGCCAUUUUACAUAGAAACUGAGAAGGAUGCAGGAAGACUGGGAUUUUGGAUGUGGCAAAACAGGCGUGCGCUCCCUACUGGGGAGGGCUUGUGGGUUUUCUGUAACCUCAUGCUUUAUUCUCUUUCACUUUUUUUUCGGGAUAUGAUUGUGUAAGGAAAAUUGUAGAUUCUGUGGUACCCUGUCUAGGUACAGGCAUCCAUCUUAAGGUGACUUGAAGGUAGUCGUCUUCACUGAGAGAGAAGUUAAAAUGGCCACGUCUAUCAAAGCAUGGUCCAGGGCCCUGUACUCAGUGUUGAUCCAGUAUCUGGUCCCACCGGUCCAUAUAGUCAUUGUGAUCUAACAGGGCAACUGAUCCUAGAUCAGACAAUCUGCGGAAACGUUGAAUAUGGGCAACCGACAUGUUUGCCACUGGGAAGCUGACAGCCUUGCAAGUCUUAACAAACCUUAAGCAUAGUUAGUUAUGCGGUAGAAACAAUACGAUUUUAUCAUCUGAUCCCCUACUAGGCCACCUUGGUAGAAAAACGGCUCCUAUUUCUUCUACGGUUUUUGUUCAGUAGUUUUAGUCAAACUUUGAUGUUCUAAGGUAAAUAUGGUCCCUUCCUCUAUGUAAAGACUCCCUCCAUGGUUUUUGUCUCUUCACAUCGCUAGUAGUGUGGCUGGAUUGUACGUUUUGUUUUAAUCAUCCACAUUUUAAUAUUUUAGCUCCUUUUUAUGCCAUACAUUUUUUCCUGUUCUGUAACUUUACCCUGUCAACUAACCAUCAUGUAGCUGCGAUUCCAUUGCUAAGAUCAUGAAUAUAUUUUAGAGUAGCUGCUUAUUCUUAACUUGGAAUUGGAUUCUUCAGAUUACCUGUUAAUCAGACAGUGUCGUCACAUCAAGCACAAGUAAGACAAUAUUACAGAUGCACUAGCCUCUGCCGAGUCCCUAACAAUCAGAUGUACCGGUUUUCAGGGAAAAUGGAAAGGGCCUGUGACCUGACUUCCACUUUUGAAUGUUAACAAAGGUGCCACUCCAUCUUAACUCCUCCACAUUUAUUGGAUUGGUUGAACAGUGCAGAAG